AUGCAACUUUGUUCGCUGCUGUCUUGGCGCUGUUGGGGCCGCUGUUAUCAGCCAGAUGCUGAGUGGCAUGGGGUGGGGUUGGUGCUUUGUUUUUUGGGGUUAGUCAUGGCUGCAGGAUUGGGGUUGCUCUGGGUUGAGAACGUGUACGGGAUGGGCUGGAGAGAGAAGAGGUUGCUGAAGAUCGAACGGAAGAAGGUGGAGAAGGAGGCGAGAGCCGCGGAGAUUCAGGUUGAGAGAAAUUCCGAUGAGAGAGAACAGAAAGAUACCCAUGUUGCUGGUGCUAAAGCCGGUGUCACUGAAAGAACUGACACUUUCUUAAAUCAGUGA